AUGGUUCCACCAAAUAUAGCACCAGCUAUUGAUCCACGUUCUUUUCGUUCCUUUUGUUUCCGAGGUGAAGGUCGGGCCAAUUUUGUAAUUAGUGCAAAAUGUGAAAAAACAGGUUUAAGGAUAGCUUGGAGAUUGGCAAAGCAACGCAGUUCAGGAAAUGUGACGAUGAAACCAAAGUGUCAUGUUGUUAUUGCGUAUUUGGAGAAGUUAAUUGUGCCUUUUCUUGGUCGGCAGUUUCUUGUUAAACCUAAAGUUGUUGAAAUUGACAAGGAAUCUCUGCAUCAUCUCGCCAAAAUUCCUGCUCUUCCAUUCAAUUUAAAGAUUGAAACAUUUGAUGAAUUGUGCGAUCCAAAAAAAUAUCCCUCCACAAUGAGCUUCUUUCCGUCUUGUUGUCCAAAAGAUAUUCGUUAUGUGAGCAUUCUGCAAAUGAUGGACGCUACAAGGAUUCCGAAAUGUUUCUCUCCACGGUAUUUUGGACCAACAAUUACGGUGGAAAUUAAGCCCAAACAAGGUUUCAUGCAGAAUCACCCGGGUAUCAACGUAUCAUACUGCAACAACUGUAUAUUGCAGCUGGAGAAGUGCCAUUCGGAUGCCUUCGAACAGAUGUACGAUUUUUGUCCGUUGGAUUUGUUCAGCGGUGAUUUGAAGCGAAUGCGUAAGGCACUUAACUCAUUAUUCAAAGUGCCACAUCGAAAUCUACGAAUUUUUCUAGAUGGAAGUCUGAUACAUUCUGAUGAACGUCAGCUGACAGGCGAACAGCUUCGUGAAUCACUUUUUCGAGAUGGUUCUGUUUCCGUUCAACAAUUAAUCAGUGCUUUGUGUUGCAUUUUGGUGGAUGCACCAUCGGACGAUUUAUUUGCUGUGCAUGAUUCAGGUGUUCUCACGAAGUUACUUAAUGGACAACGAGUCGAUACGAUUGGUAUAGUUCGUGCUUACCAAAUUUAUACAAAUCUUCCGGAAACAGUGCAGAAAGAAUUACUGGAUAAAUGCUUGCUACCAAAGAAAGGUGUUACAUUUCUACAUCAGAAUACAGAUCGUGCCCUGGUAGAGCGUUACCUCUUGGCUGCUACAAUGAAGGAUUGUUCAUUGAUGAUUAGUAUGCGAUUAAUUGAUCCAGUUGCUUUUGCCACCCAAAGUAUGCAAUCAUCAGGUCAACAAAUUGUGCGAGUUGUCGGAGCAUCUGGAGCUGGUUAUACCAGUUUUGCAUAUUCCGUAAAAAUCGUCGAUCUUGACCCAAAAUCACCUAAAAAUCUGCUAAAUGCUUAUAGUCGUUUUAUGGAUGGUGUUAAAUUAAUAGAACAGGAACCUAAUUUACGUAGGCCAUGUGUUCCUUAA